UUCCGGUGACGACAUUUCGCGAACAUAUCCGAUAUGGAACGAAGGUGUACGAUGAUUACGAAUUCAUGGCCGACAAAAGAUGUCAGGAAUAAACAAUGAUGCGAAGAUCUACAUCAUGAUUUCUCGAACUUCUGUUGAAGUUAGGAGAUGAGUUCAAAGGAGCAGCCAAAUGAGGGUUUAAAUGAUCGAGAUGUUGAAUUUUACUAUCGACCAGGAGGAAAAAGAACAGAUGGGUUAAAGGCAGCAGAUAUUGUGCCCAUCCUGCGAGAGCGGGUGGCCUACCUCUCAGGUGGAAGAGACAGGCGCGGAGGUGCUAUCCUGACAUUUCCUGCCCUCACCCACCCAGAAAGACUCGAUACAGAUGACUUGAGACGCCUCAUGACCUAUUUAGCUAGUGUUCCUAGCAAUGAAGUACGAGAGAGGGGUUUUACCAUGAUCCUUGAUAUGAGAGGAUCAACAUGGCAGAUAGUCAAACCCAUACUUAAAGUACUGCAGGUAGGUGUCAAAGUUAAUAGUAAAUUCAGCAAGUUUUUCAAUAUGCAUAUUUAAAUGCUAAUAAGAAUAAGCAAAAAAAAAAAAGAAAAAAAGCCAAAAAACAAGCAUAUUUAUGAGAAGGUUUGGUGAUUAGCAGAGGAUUAUUUAAAUAAAGCUUUGUAAAAUACUGAAAAAUCACAAAUUUUUGUAGGGGUUUA